AUGGGAGAUUCUUGGGAAUAUGAAUAUGAUAAUGCAUCUAGACAACUACAGCAAUUAGUUACAGAGGUUAAAUCUUUUGAGGUACAACAGAGAAACAAUCCGGGUGCAGUUCAGAAACAGACGGCACCAAACAUCAGAAGAGCACUGUCGAAUCUCAGCAAUGAUUUGGCUAGACUAAAGGAUGCACUUGUAUAUGGUAACCUUAGAAUCACCGAUAAAGAGAAAAUGCGAAGAAAUGCAAUGGUCGAACAACUCGGAACUCAAAAGAAUAAUCUUACAAAUCAAUUUGAGAAUGCUGCCAACAAUAACUUUGCAAGAAAUGAAUUGAUGGGAGAUGCAUCUUCAAAGAGAGCAUGGGGAAAGCAAGCCAAGGACAAUGAAUUCACUCAAAACUUUAAUAAUCAACAACUUUUUAAUCAGAACAACACCGUCAUGCAAGAGCAUGACCAAGCAUUAGAUUUACUCUCAAACUCAUUGAUGAGACAAAAGAAUAUGGCUUCUGCAAUGAAUACAGAACUUGAAAUACAUAACCAAUUGUUGGAUGAUGUCGAAAUUGGAGUUGAUAGAACAACCAGCAGAAUUCAACAUACAAACUCAAAGAUGAAUAUCCUCAAAGAGAAUGCCAGCAGUUGCGGUAUGAUCAUUUGUAUUGUACUAUUAAUUAUAUUUAUUAUUGUUUUACUUGCAACUGGUGAAUGA